CUCCAAUGUCCACCUCCAAGAUCCCCAUAUUCCGGCCCCUCGGCCUCCGUGCCGUGUAUCUUAGAAACAAAACUAAACGGGCACCAUGGCGCCCUCAUCCUCCGUAGUGAACAAGCUCAAAGUGCAGCUCAAGCUCUCCAUCUCGCGGCUACGCAUGAUGCAGCAAAAGGACAGCGCGAAGGCGAAGCAGCAGCGGCGGGAAAUGGCGCAGCUGCUCGAGGCCGGCAAAGUGGCGAGCGCGCGCAUCCGCGUCGAGAACAUCAUCCGGGCGGACAUCACGACGGAGCUGCACGAGAUGCUCGAGCUGUACUGCGAGUUGGUGCUCGCGCGGUCGCAGUUGUUGGAUGCGCCGGGGAACAACCACAGCAGUAACAAUAAUGGGGCGGCAGCGGCGGCGCUGGACCCGGCGCUCGAGGAGGCGGUGCGCAGCCUCAUCUAUGCGGCGCCGAGGACGGAGGUCAAGGAGCUGCAUGCGGCGAGGGCGCUGCUGGUGGAGAAGUUUGGGAAAGAGGUGGCGGUGGCGAGUAUGGAGGGGGAGGGGGUCGCGGAGCGCGUGGUUGCGAAGUUGAGGGUCGAGACGCCGAAAAGGGAGUUGGUGGAUGCGUAUUUGGGGGAGAUUGCGAGGUUUUAUGGUGUCCCGUUUGGGAGGGAGGUGAAGGUUGAGGAAGAAGAGGAUGACGAUGAGGGUGAAGGUGGGGUGAAGGAGAAGGCGGAGAGGGAGGGGAGGCAGUUGGAGGCGCCUUUGGAGGCAGAGCCGGGGAAGGCGAAGUCGACGGCGAGGGUGAGGGAGGAAGACGAGACGGAGGAGCUGGUCAAGGCCACGCCGCCCAAGACUUUGGGUCCGACCAGCCCGUUACGCAUCACGCCCCCGAGUCCCAGUACCGAUAACGUGGCGCCCAAGUUGAAGUUGCCGGGGGUGCCGGGGGAUAUUGCGGCGCCGCCGGCGGCGAAGGGUAGGAUUAGGGAGGAGAAGAAGGUGAGGAAGGAGGAUGGGGCGGGGGCUAGGAUACCGGAUGUGGAUGAGUUGGCGAGGCGGUUUGCGGAGUUGAAGAGGUGA